GUUUUUUGCUACAUCUGGAGCUGUUUCCACAGUACAGUGUGUCCUGGCUGGCUUUCUCUGGAGUGCUGAAUACAGCUGGAGACUCGGAGCGUAUCUAAAGGGGCAGGCAGGCAACAAAGCAGCAGCCAAAUGAGUUUAUUGUCACCACCUCCUCAAUCAGCGGGAGCAGCAUCCUCAUCGUUGUUGUUGUUGGUCCCAAAAUCAAACUGCCACCCCAACUUCUUCAAGAAGCACCCGCAAGAAAUCAGCCAGAUAAACUGCAAAGAGAGCUCCCUCGCUGUCGUGGAGAAAAAUGGGAGCGUUCUCAUGUUUGACAAAGAGGGAGAACACAGAAAACCAGAAUGCGUGUCUUUAGGACAGAACAUGAGGGGGCAUUCCUUGGACUGUGGAGCAGCGUAUAUGCUCAUUCUCACCUCGGAAGGAAAACUUUUUGAGCAGAGCAUUUCAGACACAGCUAAUAAGUCGAAGAUAAGACUGCUGAAAGAAUUAAGAGACAAAUACAUUGUCCAAAUCGCAUGUGGGGACCAUCAUUCCAUGGCACUGUCUAAAGGUGGUGAGCUUUUUACCUGGGGACAGAACUCGCACGGUCAGCUUGGAGUGGGGAACCAGAUUGACUUUAUCCACAAACCGCAACUGGUGCAGGAGCUCAGAGGCAUCCCGCUGGCUCAGAUUGCUGCAGGAGGAACUCACAGCCUUGCCCUGUCGCUCUCUGGAGCCGUUUACUCAUGGGGGAAGAACGAUUUUGGACAGCUGGGACUUGGAGACACAGAAAAUAAAUAUUACCCUUCAUACAUCAGAGCCCUAGAACAUAAGAAGACUGUGUACAUCUCAUGUGGUGGAGAGCACACUGCCGUUCUCUCACAGGAUGGGCUGGUGUGUACCUUUGGAGCUGGAAAUUAUGGGCAACUUGGUCACAACUCCACCCAGAAUGAGCUGACACCUCGUAUUGUGGCUGAGCUGUUUGGAGCAAAGGUGUCUCAGAUAGCAUGCGGAAGGUGGCACACGCUUGUCUAUGUCCCCUCCUUGGGAAAAGUCUAUUCAUUUGGUUGUGGAGCAGAAGGACAGCUGGGCAAUGGUGACACAUCUAAUCAGUUGAUACCACUGCCUGUCGAAUUACCUUCAGAUUGGGUGAAUGGUGAAAAACUCAACCCAGGAAACAGUACCUCCAAAAAGGUGAUUAAAAUUAUUGCUGGAGGAAACCAAAGCAUUGUGCUUUGCUUGAAGAAAAAGAAUCCAUAUGUUACUUUGAACGGAACUGCCAUAGCGGAAGACAAGGAGGUGGAUAAAUGGAUUUCUAAUUCGGAUCCUAAACAGUGGGAAAAUAUAAAGAAGAAUAUUCACCUGAUCUUUUCAUCUGUGGCUUGUGUCAAUGGAAGUUUCUUGGACAAAAGUAGAGACAAACAUUUCAGAACCUCCAAAGAAAUCUCAGGCGUAGAUAUGUCAGCAGUGCUUCUUUUUUAUGAGAAGAUGAAAAAGAAACCAAAAGUCUUGCAGGAGAUGAUCUCUGCAGUUGAGAAAUUGCUGUCAUCACUGUCUUCCUCUCCCAGUUUACCUGAAGCUCUCAGGAUCUACCUGAUCAUUCCUGUCCUUUUACGGGGACAGGAUAAAGUGUCUGACUGUCGUCUUGAUCAGCUAGCAAAAGCCAUCCUGAGUCUCCAACAAAAAGACCUGAAAGUUCUUGAAUCCCUGUGGUCAAAUCUAGAAAUAUCCUUUUUCAAGGACCUAGUGAGCAUGUAUCAAAGGGUUUCCAGAAUCAAUCUACUUCAUUUCAUCAUGCAAGUUAGAAACUCUGAAGAAGUUACCUGUGAACCGCACUUGAAUAGGACUUUGAAAAUGCUGCAGAUUCUUUACCAGGUGAAUUCCAGUGCUGGUUUCAAAAUACAAGAAAACAACUUCUAUGUACCUGAAGUGAAAAGCAUUUGGGGACAGGCUUGGAAUUUGAAUGAAGUAACAACUGUAGAGCAGUGGAACAAAAACCUGAUUUCACAGCAUUUGCAAAUGAAGGCUUUGUUGAAACUGACUGCAUACCCUUGCAUCUUUGACAUGCAAGAUAAGAUUGUGGUUUAUGAAAUGGAUCGCCAGAUUCUGUUCAGGAUAUAUAACGCAAAUGUUUUCCUGGUGCCACGAGGUCCAUGGUGUUUAGAGAUCAGAAGAGCACACCUUGUGGAUGACGUGUGGCAGUGUUUGAGGAGCGCACCACCUAAAGCAUUUGAGAAAUUCUUGAAAGUGCAGUUCAUUGGAGAACAAGGUAUUGAUGAUGGAGGGUUGUCCCAGGAGUUCUUCACUAUCAUUACAAGGGAACUGUGUUGUCCAGAAGCACAGAUAUUCAGAAGUUUGGAGGACUCCAAGCUGAUUUGGUUCCCCUCUCAGGUACCAGGAAGCGAAGACACCUUUUUCCUGAUUGGCACUCUGUUUGGAAUGGCACUGUAUAACAUGAAGAUCGCUCCCUUUCAUUUCCCUCUAGCUCUGUACAAAAAGUUGCUGGACAUCCCACCCACUCUAGAAGACUUAAAAGAGCUGUCUCCUAUAGAAGGGAGGAAUCUUCAAGCAAUGCUGGAUGAAGACUAUGAUGACAUCCUUGAGAACAUGAUGAUGGAUUUCACAAUAAUGAAGGAACAAGGAGGAUCUAUAGUUUCCAUCGAACUUAAAGAAAAUGGUGCAGACAUUCCAAUCACAAAGCAUAAUAGGAAAGAAUACGUCAAUGCAUACGUGAAUUAUGUGUUCAAUGAAUCGGUAAAGAAGCCGUUUGAGGAUUUCAGGAAUGGGUUUUUAAGAGGCUGUCCAGCUAAAAAGUGGAAGCUCUUCCUUCCUAUCGAAUUCCUGACUGUUUUCCGUGGACAUACAAAAUAUGACUGGAAGCUGCUGGAAGAGAAUACAAAGUACACAGAUUAUGAAAAGUCUGAUCAAACCAUCAAGAACUUUUGGGCUGUGUUUCAUGAACUCCCAGAAGAAAAGAAGAAGAAUUUUCUUGCUUUUCUGACAGGAACGGAUCGAAUCCCUGCCGAAGGGAUGAGACAUUUUCAAUUCACUAUUGCAGACUUGAAAAAAGAAAACCCGGACCUUUUCCAUCCUAUUGCCAAUACCUGCUAUCACAUCUUGGUGCUCCCAAGAUACAGCAAUGAAGAGAUUCUUCGGGAAAAGUUCCUGAAUGCCUUAGAGUAUUAUGAAAAAUUUAGCCUAUCAUAAAUUGUGGCCAAGAGCAAUGUAAAAAAACAUUUUUCAUGUCUUAUUUGCAAUAGUAUUCUAUUGUUAGCUAUUGUUGGAGGAGAUGCCACCAAAUCCUGUCUUUUAUUUGUACUGCACCUUAAAAACAUUCAGAUUCAUUCAUCUUUUGGGAUUGCACUUUGACUGCAGGCCUGAGAAUGACCACCUUUGUUGAAGUACCUAAGAUUGUAGAACAGGUUUGUAAAAAGUCAGUGAACUAACUAACCAAGUGCAACAUUGACUAAACGAAAAUGUAUUAUUGGUUAAAUGACUUUUUCCCUGCAUAAUCUCUUACAUUGGAUAUAAAUUGUGUAUGUGUAUAUAAAUAUAUAUAUACACACAUAUAGAGAGAAAGAGAGAUUGAUUUUGUGAUAUGACAGGUGUAUAUAUAGAACAUAGGAAUUUCAAAGGUACCUAAUGGAUUUAAAUGCCCAAUUCUCCUUGAAUUUCAUUUGGAUUUGGGUGAAUGAGUCUCUUAGAUUCCAUUGCAAAUCCCACCCUUAAUUUUUAUCUAAAGAACAUGUUGUAAUUAAUUAUAUAAUGGUAUAUAUAAUAGGUUGACAAUGUAUAUAAUAGGUACUUUUAACUUGAGUGCUACCCACCAAACUGCUGUGUUAGGCAAAAUCACCCUCCCGGUCUUAACUCGCAUGCUUCCUACAUUCCCAGCAUUUAAGAGAAUCUUGCUGCUUCACAGAUGUUUCUGGCUGGGGUUUUCAAAGGAGCAUAAGGGAGAUAGACACCCAACUCCCAAUUAAUUCUAAUGGGAGAUGGGCAACUGACUCCCUGCAGCCACUUGGAAAGUCUCCAGCAUACCGACACAUUCAGCGAGCAAGAGGUUAAUUGGAUGCUGGGAGGAGGGGUUGGUAAAGACAGUGAUGACUCUGUAACUCUACAGUGCUCUUAUUUGACAUGCACCUGAUUAUUCAGCAAAAUAAGUCACUAUCUUUGCCAGCUGCAGAAGCCUGAAUUGUGUUCACAGGGUGACCUCAAGAAGCAAGUCAACAACUAUAAUAUUAACAAAUAACAAUUAACACUUCUCCUAUAGGUUUCCCAAUGCAUCCUGUCUUCACUGUGUCUUUUUUUGUUUGGUCUGUAAGCUCUUUGGGGCAGAGAUUCUCCAUACUUUGUAUCUUGUAUAGAACCAAGCACGCUGUCAAUGCAUUCUUAAUAGUAGUAAUGCCAAGGGCAGAGGAGGAUGAAAUUUCCACUGAUCAGAAAUAUUAGUGAUGAGUUCUCUAGGCUUAUCCACUACCUAAGGGGGCCUGAACCUGCAAAUAUGUACUGGAGUGAGCAGUCCAUACUCUCACAAGCACUGUCUUUGACUCCCCCAAGUAAGAGGUUUCAGGAUCAGGACUCAGCGUGGCAAAUAUUUUAUAUUCUAUCAGUCAUUUCCAGGCUUCGCUAAAAGCGGUAUUUUUAAAACAUUAAUGCAAGGGCUUUGCAUUCCCAACAUGCUGUGAACUUCUUACUUUCACUGUAAGUAGUUUUUUAAAGGGGGUGUGUGGCGUGCUAAGCAAAUAGAUUUCAUUUUCAAAAGUUCAAUGCUUUUUUAAAUAAAUGUCACUGCUACCAUAAGUUAAACUCUUUGGGUCCAAUCAUGUGCAUGGAUCCCUGCAUCUUUGCAGGCUUCCUGGUGGGCCCUUGGAGCUGGCUGUACUUUGCACAAUUAAGGCCCAACACUGAUAACGCUAUGCAAGGUUGUAAACACUGCAGACUAUACUUUUAUAUUUUUCUGUAGUUUUUCUUGUAAAAAGCAUAUAAAUAUUGCAUCUUUUUCAUUGUCCAACAACUGUGCUCAUUGCUUAUCCUGAGUACCGUAUGUUUGUUAUACAUUGUUGAAUAUGUCAGUGGGCAGGUACCUAAAGUAAGUUUCAUGUGUAAGAAAGUGUUUUACUGGCCCUUUUGCCAAAUGUUGUGUUGAAAUAAAUGAGGAUAGCCUUUCAUAUGUA